AUGGCUAUGGCAAACAACGGAAGCGUGGCUAACAAGGUGUGCCUGAUUGUCAUUGACGGAUGGGGAAUCUCAGAGGAUCCAUACGGAAACGCAAUCCUCAACGCUCAAACUCCAGUGAUGGAUAAACUGUGUUCUGGAAACUGGGCUCAAAUUGAGGCUCACGGUCUCCACGUUGGUCUUCCAGAGGGAUUGAUGGGUAACUCUGAAGUUGGACACUUGAACAUUGGAGCUGGUCGUGUCAUCUACCAAGACAUCGUUCGCAUCAAUCUUGCCGUCAAGAAUAACCAAUUAGUUGCAAAUGAAAACUUGGUGGAUGCUUGCAACCGUGCCAAGAAUGGAAACGGACGUCUUCAUUUGGCCGGACUCGUCUCUGAUGGAGGUGUUCAUUCACAUAUCGACCACAUGUUCGCUUUAAUCAAGGCAAUCAAGGAGCUCGGUGUUCCAGAGCUCUAUCUUCACUUUUACGGAGAUGGACGUGAUACAUCUCCAAACAGUGGAAUUGGAUUCCUUCAACAGACUCUUGAUUUCUUGGAGAAGGAUGUUGGAUACGGAAAGCUCGCCACGGUUGUCGGACGCUACUAUGCUAUGGACCGUGAUAAGAGAUGGGAGCGUAUCAACGUUGCUUAUGAAGCAAUGAUUGGUGGUGUUGGAGAGAAUUCUGAUGAGGCUGGAGUUGUUGAAGUUGUGCGUAAGCGUUAUGCAGCCGAUGAAACCGACGAGUUCUUGAAGCCAAUUAUCCUUCAAGGCGAAAAAGGACGUGUUCAAAAUGACGAUACACUUGUUUUCUUUGACUACCGUGCUGAUCGUAUGCGCGAGAUCUCUGAGGUCAUGGGAAUGGAACGCUACAAAGAUUGCAACUCGAAACUCACUCAUCCAUCCAAUGUCCAAGUCUACGGAAUGACCCAAUACAAAGCCGAAUUCCCAUUCAAGUCGUUGUUCCCACCAGCAUCUAAUAAGAAUGUGUUGGCUGAGUGGCUCGCUGAGCAAAAGGUUUCACAAUUCCAUUGUGCUGAAACUGAGAAAUACGCCCAUGUCACAUUCUUCUUCAAUGGUGGAUUGGAGAAACAAUUCGAAGGAGAAGAACGUUGCUUGGUUCCAAGUCCAAAAGUGGCCACUUAUGACCUUCAACCUGAAAUGUCGGCUGCUGGAGUCGCUGACAAAAUGGUUGAGCAAAUUGAAGCUGGAACUCAUCCAUUCAUUAUGUGCAACUUUGCUCCACCAGAUAUGGUUGGACACACUGGAGUCUACGAGGCUGCUGUCAAAGCUUGCGAAGCCACUGAUGUUGCUAUUGGAAGAAUCUACGAGGCUACUCAGAAGUACGGAUACUCUCUGAUGGUCACUGCUGAUCACGGAAAUGCCGAGAAGAUGAAGGCACCAGAUGGUGGAAAGCACACUGCUCACACCUGUUACCGUGUUCCGUUGACGUUGAGUCAUCCGGGAUUCAAGUUUGUUGAUCCAGCCGACCGUCACCCAGCCCUGUGCGAUGUUGCUCCAACUGUUCUCGCGAUUAUGGGACUUCCACAACCCGCUGAAAUGACCGGUGCUUCUAUUGUUCAAAAGAUCUGA